GGCUACAAAGAAAGAAAAAGGAAUAUAUGUGUGUGUAGCCAUACUGGGGGACAGAAGGGAGAUCAUACAGCUGCAACUGCCAGGGAGAGAGAAGCAGACAGUGACCAUGUCUGGGGCGGGCAGGAGUCACAUCAAACCCUGCAGUGCCAAGGAGGAAAGGAAGCUCAGAAAGCCUCUCAUUGAGCGCAAGAGAAGAGAGAGAAUCAACACUUGCCUGGAGCAGCUAAAGGAGACGGUGAUCAAGGCAUUCCAUUUAGAUCAAUCCAAGUUAGAGAAAGCCGACAUCCUUGAAAUGACAGUCAGACACCUCCAGAAUAUCCAGAAAUGCAGGAGCACAGGUGAACCUAUCCAGGAUGUGGAUGCUCAGCAGAGGUUCAGCACGGGGUAUAUCCAGUGUAUGCAUGAGUUGCACAGCCUGCUGCUCACUUGUGAUUGGAUGGAUCCAGCCUUGGGGUCCCGUCUGCUCAACCAUCUCCUUAAGUCUCUACCCAGGCCAGAGGGCAGAAUGGUUGAGCUCAUACAAGACUAUGAGGGUGACACUGGGAGGACCUUGUCACCUUCUCUGCCUGCUGAAGUAGAGCUCACCUCUGUCCCCCUCCACAGUGAUGUAGUUCCAGGGCCCACACAAUGCUCUCUCCUGAGAUCCUUACACAUGUGGAGACCAUGGUGACAGCUUAGGUUGAGCACAGCAGCAGCAAGAGACCCUGUGUCCUUUCUAUUUCUGUGUUUUCAUUCUAUAUACCAGCAUCUCUUUAUUCUCAUGUAUCCUUAAGCAGAGAGUUGUUCAAUGUGAUUAGACUGAGUAUAAGAGCAGAGAGUGAACCUGCUGUCAGUCCUAGAUCGUCUAUAAAUAUAUGUAUCUUAUAGAUAUGAUAUGCUUUGUAUAACACAUUGGGGGCACCCACCCCAUUAGGUGUACUAAAGACCAGGUGCUUCAGGCUGAAGUGCCGACUAUGUAGCCUGUAUUGUAGAAGGCCCGUCCUACCCACUAUUUAUUGCAGAUGUUUACUAAUAUAACUAUUCUAUUCUCCACUAUUGGAUUAUUUACAGCUCUUUUUAUUCAAUAAAACAUGUAAAAUUCUU